AUGCCUAUUGGCAAUAGUGAAUGGAGGGUUGACCAUGAGCUUGAUGCAACAAAGAAGCGCGCUGAUGUCUUGCUGGUAUACUCAGAACCCAGCAAAACAGAACCUGGUAUGGUGAGAUGGGCUGGUUUACUACUUGAAGCUGGAGGCUGUCCCGGCAGUACUGAACUGGUCUAUAGAAGGAUUGGAGGCGUAGUAGCUAUGGGAACCAAAAACUUUGGUAAUGAUCUGACAAUCAAGAACCCGGGUACCCAAGCGGCCGCCCACUAUGCUACGGCCUAA